GCACCGGUGCCACCAGGUGUACCAGGUGUCGUACCUGGGGUUAGUUCACCGCACACCCUGAAACCGUCGACAUCGCAUCGCCUGACAUCGAUUUCACAACCCCAUGUCGAAAAGCAUGUUCCAAAAUCUGGCCGAGGACUAUGCGAAAUUCAAGCGCUAUGUGAAAUGGCUGUAUGUGCUCUACGAACUGAACACGCAGAUCGCCAUCUGUGAGCCCUGGGAGAAGGUGUUCCUCAAUGUCCUUCUGGGCAGCUGCGUGUCCCUGAUCCUGUACGCGACCUUUGCCUUUGUGCCGGGCUAUUGCGUGACGGUUUUCCACCUCCUGUGGCCACAGACUAUGAUGCAAAAUCUCACCAGCGCUUGCAAUAUGAAUAUCGAGGGCUUUUGUGCUAACGAAAGUGGAGCACUAAUCACGUAAUCUUAGUUUAGCUUAUCAUAAUCAAUAAAUAAUUUAAAACGUAA